UCGCCGAUGUCGUUCACCAGCUCCAUUGACAGCGCAGUAUACAAUGAACUUCAUCUGGUGGUGCGAGUUUACGACUCAGAACUCUCUUGGACAACUGCAGCAAUGGACGGAGCUGCUGCUCGAGGGAAAGAUAAAGUGGUUCAGUGGCUGCACACUAACCGACCGGAAGGCUGUUCAGGUCAAGCCUUCCUCGAAGCAGCAGCCAAUAAUCAUCUCAAUGUGCUGAAGGUGCUCUACGGAUACUACCCAGCACUGUCCAAUCCAUGCGAGGAAAUUGUCGUGGCAGCUACUGCCGGCCAUGCUCGGAUCGUGCGAUUCCUA